AAAAUUACAUUCAAGAUGGCAGCUUCCGGCUUCCCCCGCAGCGUCGCGCGUGGCCCUAAAGGCCACGCCCACUUCCGGCUUCUCCGCCUCAGCAUGGAAGCUUUGGGUCUAUUGCUCUCCGCAGGAGUUCGGAGGCUGCAUUGCGGCGCCGCGGCUCGGGCUGGCGGCCAGUGGCGACUCCAGCAGGGCCUUGCCGCCAACCCCUCCGGCUACGGGCCCCUUACGGAACUCCCAGACUGGUCUUACGCGGAUGGCCGCCCCGCUCCUCCAAUGAAAGGCCAGCUUCGAAGGAAAGCCCAAAGGGAAAAGUUUGCAAGACGAGUUGUACUGCUGUCACAGGAAAUGGAUGCUGGAUUACAGGCAUGGCAGCGCAGGCAGCAGGAGAAGUUGCAGGAAGAAGAAAGGAAGCAGAAGAAUGCUCUUAAACCGAAAGGGGCUCUACUGCAGAAGCCACAACCAAGUCAGUAAAAAGCAGCUCUUGUCUCCCUUCUGCAGCUUCUCUCUGGCUUUCUUUUCUAUCACCUAGAUGCAUCAUCCCAGCCAGAAGAAAGCCUUAAUGUGCCCCAUCUGUCUUCAGAGCAAAAAGGAUGGACACCGGGAAGAACAGCCUGUAAGAUCACUGCCUGGAAGGGUUGGCUCAGUGCUCUCACCCCUGGCUCUAUUCCAGUUCAGCGAAAUCUUGCUCUGGGAUAUUUAUCCCCUCUUUUGUAGGCCAUAGGACUGGCCCAGCUAUGAGCAGGAGCUGCUCUGCGAACAUGAAAAGGGGGCAACAGGUUUCCUGGUUUUAGCCAGGCACCCAAGCCUUUAACAGCCCAUGCACAGCUCAGGCCACAUGCAGCUAUGUAUUUAAUAAAUGUUUUGAUGAAAAAGCUU